GUGACAACGCGAACGCAGACGGCGAAGAUAUCCUGUGAUCCGCUCUGCUGGACUCGAGUAGAUGGAGUUGACAAAGGGUCCGUGAUGAUUGCCCUCGUUGUGAUGGACAGCGUCCUGGGCCAGGAAGACUGGGUCUCGGCGGGUUUUGCGACGAUCGACGUGACAGGCACCAGCUCAGCUGAGGAGGCCUUCCUAGACUAUCUCGGCCAGGUGAACGAGACGCUGCUGGACUGGACGAGCUCCUUCAAGAGUUCUGGCUUGAAGAUUGCAGUUGAAGCCAUCCAUCGUGCUGGGGAACAGCUGUUGAACAUCGCUGAUUCAAUCAAGUCGAGGUUCUCCAAAGUGAGCAAAGAGCAACUUGACAAAAUCAGGUCAGUCAGGUCGUUCGGCCAGCAGCGGCUCCUGUUUCUCGGCCGUCCUUGCAAUGCCCUAUGCCGAAUCUUCCUCUCGAGGCCCCAUCCUUCAUCCAGCAAGCCGCCAGUCGUACAGCUUCAGGCAUGCAGGACCUUCGCAGGGAGCUGA